UCCAGACGCCCUCUCAGCCACAGCCAGCACCACACCACCACCUCCACCUCCUCCUUCCCACGCCCCAGUGCGCUGCUGUGGGAUAGUGGCACUAUAAAGUAUAUCCACCUCUCGCUCGGGAGAAAAGAUAAGGAGCACCAACAAGAGACACAGAGAGGGGGAUGAAGAUGGCGGACGCCAAGCAGAAGCGGAACGAACAGCUGAAGCGGUGGCUGGGCUCGGAGACGGACCUGGAGCCGCCCGUCAUCAAGAAGAAGAAGACGAGGGUGAAGUUCGACGACGGCGCCGUGUUCCUGGCCGCCUGCUCCAGCGGCGACGCCGAGGAGGUGCUGCGGAUGCUGGAGCGCGGCGCCGACAUCAACUACGCCAACGUGGACGGUCUCACCGCGCUGCACCAGGCAUGCAUCGACGACAACGUGGACAUGGUGACCUUCCUGGUGGAGCACAACGCCAGCAUCAACCAGCCCGACAACGAGGGCUGGAUCCCCCUCCACGCCGCCGCCUCUUGCGGAUACAUGGACAUAGCAGAGUAUUUGAUAAGUAAGGGGGCCGAUGUGGGCGUGGUGAACAGCGAGGGGGAGACGCCCCUUGACAUCGCCGAAGAAGAAGCAAUGGAGGAACUCCUGCAGAAUGAGAUCAACCGCCAAGGUGUGGACAUCGAGGCGGCCAGGAAGGAGGAGGAGCGCAUCAUGCUGCGGGACGCCAGGCAGUGGCUCAACAGCGGCCAGAUCCAAGAUGUCCGCCACACCAAGUCCGGAGGGACGGCGCUCCACGUCGCCGCCGCCAAGGGCUACGUAGAAGUUUUAAAGCUCUUGAUCCAGGCGGGCUAUGAUGUAAACAUUAAGGACUACGAUGGCUGGACCUCGCUCCACGCAGCGGCUCACUGGGGCAAGCAGGAGGCCUGCAGGAUCCUGGUGGAGAACCACUGCGACAUGGACCUCAUCAACAAAGUGGGUCAGACGGCCUUCGACGUUUCAGACGAGGAUGUCCUCGGCUACUUGGAAGAGCUGCAUAAGAAACAGGAUCUGCUCUCGAACGACAAGAAGGACGUGAAGAAAUCCCCCCUGAUCGAGACGACCACGACCGGAGACAACAACCAAUCCCUGAAGCCGCCUAAGAGCGAAAAGACGGUGCUGCUGGAGCCGGAGAAGAUCGUGGCCCACAUCGAGGUGCUGGAGCAGGAGAAGGUGGACGAGGAGGAGGAGGGGAAGAAGGACGAGUCAAGCUGCUCCAGCGAGGAGGAAGAGGAGGAGGACUCUGAGUCCGAGAAUGAAGCAGAGAAGACCAAGACCCCCGGUCCUCCAGUCAGCCUCGCCACCACGGCUGCCGUGACGACCCCCCCCGCCGCCGUCACCGUGGCGACCCCAUCCAGCCCCACCAACCAGGUGACCACCCCCACCUCACCGGUCAAGAAGGUCCCGGCGUCGCCCACGGCCAAGGUGUCGUCGCCGCGGGCGACGGAGGAGGACCGCAAGGACGAGUCCCCCGCCUCGUGGCGCCUGGGCCUGAGGAAGACGGGGAGCUACGGCGCGCUGGCCGAGAUCACGGCCACCAAGGAGUCCCAGAAGGAGAAGGACGCGGCGGGCGUGAUGCGCUCGGCCUCCAGCCCGCGCCUCUCCUCCUCGGUCUCCAUGGACAACAAGGACAAGGAGAAGGACAAGAGCACCCGACUGGCCUACGUCGCCCCGACCAUUCCCCGCAGACUGGCCAGCACUUCAGACAUUGACGAGAAAGAGAACAGGGACUCCGCCUCUCUGGCCCGCAGCAGCUCCUACACCCGCCGGCGCUGGGACGACGACCUGAAGAACAGCGACAGCACCGCGUCCACCACCACCGCCUCCACCACCACCACCACCACCAACCGAGUCCCCAUCUACCAGCGCAGCACGUCCCACACGCUGGCACUAGGGCGCAGCGGCAGCACGCGGGACGUGCCGUCCAAGUCGUGGUCCACCUCCAGCUUGGAGCCUAACGCCUCUAACACUAAACCCUGGCAGUCGCCCUCCUCCCAUUACCAGUCUUACAGCAUUUACCGCAGUGGCUCCUUCGGCAGGCGGGGUCAGCACGAGGACCUGACCUCCACCACCACCUCCACCUCCCCGACGACCACCACCACCUCCAGCCCCGUCUCCUCCACCACAACCACCACCACCUCCACCACCACCUCCACCUCCUCCUCCUCGGUUACCUCACCCACCGGCCACCGCGGUCUGCUCUCCAGCCUCGGCACCUCCUCCACCCGGCCCCCCACCAGCCUCACCAGCAGGUACUGGUCGGAGGAGAGCUCCGACCGGGACAAGGAGAAGGAGUCCGCGGCGGUCAUCCCCACAAUGAACACUGGCUCCACCACCACCACCUCCUCCACCACUAGCACCAUCAUCGGCUCGGACGGCAGGGAGAGACGCAGGUCGUACCUGACGCCAGUGAGGGACGAGGAGUCGGAGUCUCAGAGGAAGGCUCGCUCCAGGCAGGCGCGGCAGUCUAGGAGGUCUACCCAGGGCGUGACCCUGACGGACCUCCAGGAGGCGGAGAAGAUCGGUAAGGGACGGACCCCUCGGAGCCGUGAGGAGGAGCGCGAGAAGCAGGACAAGGAGAAGCUGCAGGAGGAGCGCAAGGAGACGGAGACCAGGGAGGACGACUACCGGUCGCGCUACCGCAGCUUGGACGAGACCUACCAGCGGUACCGCCCCUCGGCCACCUCCACCACCUCCAGCAGCGUGAGCACCUCCUCCGCGCCCCUCUCCUCCACCUCCUCCUCCCUCCACCGGCCCAACUCCCUGACGGGCAUCACCUCCUCCUACUGCCGCUCCUCCCGGGACACGGAGAAGGAGACUGACAAGGAGGAGGAGAAGGAGGGCGAGGACAAGUCCCAGCCCCGCUCCAUCCGGGAUCGCCGGCGGCCCCGCGAGAAGAGGCGCUCCACGGGGGUGUCCUUCUGGACCCACGAGAGUGAUGAGAAUGACCCCGACCCACAGUCGGACUCGGAGGACGGCAGCGUUAAGAGCGAGCCUCAGAGCGACAGACUGUCAAGGAAUGACGGCAGCACUUCCUAUGAACGCAACGAGUCGGUGGGCGGCCGUACCUAUGGCGACGGUCGGAGGCCCUACUCGAGCAGGCUAGACAGGGACGACAACACUGACUACAAGAAGCUCUAUGAGCAGAUCCUAGCUGAGAACGAGAAGCUGAAGGCCCAGUUACGCGACACGGACCUAGAGCUGGCCGACCUGAAGCUCCAGCUGGAGAAGGCCACGGCGAGGCAGGAACGCUACGCCGACCGGUCGCAGCUGGAAAUGGAGAAAAGGGAAAGAAGAGCGCUUGAAAGGAAGAUCUCUGAGAUGGAGGAGGAGCUGAAGACGCUACCGGACUUGAAAGCCGACAACCAGAGACUCAAAGACGAGAACGGAGCUCUCAUCAGAGUCAUCAGCAAGCUCUCCAAGUAGACACCUCCCCCCCAAAGCCCCCGCCUGUCCUCUGCGCCCCCCGCAUCCCCCCGCUUUGCCCAUCACUAUGCCCCCCCCCCCCCUCAACCCCUCCAUGGCAGUGGCCGAUGGAACGCACAUAUUAGAUAUUAAUUGCAACAGACAUCAGAAAUGAGAGAAUUCCUUUUCUCUCGCCCCCGUACCCUUUCUUUACCUCCUAUUUGUCCCUCCACCCCCCCCCCCCCCCACACCUCCACCCCCACCUCCACCUCCACCUCCACCCAGACAUCUUAUCACCCGGAUGGAACCACUGAGUUUACAGAGGACAGGUGGAGCAGGGGCAGCAGGGGACGUAGAAACACAGAGGGUGGGGGGGGCGCCUGAGAGUUGUUAUUUAACCAAUAAGCCUUAGUUGUACAUAAGGAAAAAAAUGUAAGAAAAAACACUUGUAUCCAUCUUUCUUUUGACUUUCCACCUCCCUCGAGCUCAGAGACACCUUGCUUUACCUUCCCCCUCCGACCUGUUGGGGUGAGAAAUUGUCCCCCCAACCCAACCCAUUUUCGUUCGGAUUUCUCGUUGAAAGUCCGUCAUGAAUUCCACACACACACACACACACACACACACACACACACACACACACACACACACACACACACACACACACACACACAUACACACACACACGUGAGCCCUGUGUGUGCACAGGCUCAUGCACCCCACCUCCCCCAAACUCUCACCCCUUCCAAACGUUUUUUGUCUUUUUUUCUUCCCGACGGGAGACAAAAAAGCGAGAGAUAAAGACGAAUCUUGCUUUUUCUGAAACAAGACAGAGUUUAAGCUUUCACUUUAUGUGCAAUAUGCAUUUUUAUUUCUACUUUUUAAACGCUUUAAAGACGAGUCCAUUGCCGGUAGGAUAUUGUUUCCACUCUUCUGCUGUAUCCGAAGCCCCCUUUAGCCCCGCCCCCUUUGUUAUUUAGCCCCGCCCCCUUUGUUCUUAGUCGGUAGUGAGGUCGGUUUCUGUAAUGUAUCGUUUGAAUCAGCACAUGGCAUGCACUCGUCUGUUACUAUUAAACAUAUACCAAUCCCAGAGGACAAAAAAAGGUGUGUUUUAACUUUGUUUUUCGUCUGAGGCCAUCAGACGAUCGACAGCACGGCCGCUCUGUUACAGGGGACGGCCCCCCCACCCCGCCGCCCCCCCCCCCCCCCCGGGGGGUAUUUUUUGCUUCCUUUACGCGGUUUAAAUAGAAAGUGUUUUAAAAAAAUAAUAAUAUAAUUGCUUCACAACAUUUCACACAUUGUAUCCUUGGAAGAGUGCUGUUCAGUUGUUGUUUUUUUCUAAGCUGUAGUAUUAUAGCGAAAAGGUGUUGUCACUAAAAUAAACUUUAAAAUAUCUUGGCUAUGGCUAACCCGGUCCUUUUUAACAACGAUGUCUACAUGCACUGUCGAUACUGUCAUACCUUGCCACCAUCAAGUCGCCCUGUGCUUCUGAAAACACAUAUGCAUUUCAGUGGCCUUUUUAAGAUAGUUUUUUUUUUUUUUAAAGAUUCUUUUAGAGAAUUUUUUUAGCAGAGAAAUGUCCGGCAGAAUGUUGACUAUCUAUCCCUUGGUUUUGAUUUUAUUUGUUGAGCUUUUUCUCCCCAUGUUUUUGCUUCCCCCUCCUCGCUCCAUCUUGUAAAAUAAGUGUGUGGCUUCAUACAUGCAAGCUGUGCUGUGACAACAACCACUGAAGAGUUCAUUAAAAAUAAACUUGUACAUUGUAAAGUUC